AUCCACAUGUAGGGUAUUCAAUUCAAACUAUUUUUUGGAGUCUCGUUGGAAAUUCAGGUGCACCUUUCCCAUGGUACUUCACAGGGUCGAUUUAGUUGAGCUGAAAUUUAGAGCUCUGCAUGAAUGUAAAAGCGUGAAACUUGAGCGAGAUUCAGGGCAGACACUCUACUCUCAACUUCAAGGACGUCAAGUCUUCGAUUGCAUUUUGGAUCAUCAGCCUUACAUGCCCCGCUCCACCUGAUUGGUGCCACUCGAUCGCGAGGCUGCACCAUCACUUUUUCUCCAAGUGCAACUGAGUUUGCUCUGGACUCAACCACGCCUUCUGUAACGCAAUCAUAAUGGCUCCCGCCGUCGGUCUCUCAAGAAACACUUUUGCCAAAGUCUCCCCCCAUCCUUAUUUGCUCGCCAACCUCGACCCUCCCGUGGGGACUGCCCACGCUCCUUCUCGCAGCAAUGGGCGCUCGCCAAACCAAGUCCGCACACCAUCCGUCAACCUCGCCAGCUUGAGCCAUGCCCACGGCAGCGCUGUCGUACGCAUGGGGGAUACCACAGUGAUCUGUGGUGUGCGAGGCGAGACCAUUCUCACGUCGCAAAUCCCCAACUAUCGCGCCGACAACACCGAAACCGAGCUCAAGGACUAUGACCUACUCGUGCCCAACAUCGAGCUCGCUACAGGAUCAGCACCCCAAUUCAUGCCUGGCGGCCCUCCGACAACUCUUGCACAGACACUGAGCACACGCGUGUACUCCCUCUUGCACAGCUCCAAAAUUCUGAACCCAGAUGAUCUACGGAUAUGGUACGACAGACCGAGCGAUGCGAUCCCAGUCGACAACGAUGCCAUGGAGCAGGAUCAACCGACGGAGCGGGUAGUCGUGGCAUACUGGGUGCUGUACAUUGACAUUUACUUCAUCUCGUUCGACGGAAACCCGUUUGACGCGGCAUGGGCGGCUGCACUGGCUGCACUGAAAGACACCAAGAUCCCGCAGGCGCGCUUCGACCCAGACAAGGAGGCCGUCGUCUGCUCAAGGCCGAGCCCGAGGCCACUGAGCAUCAAAGGCAACCCAAUUGCCUGCACAGCGGUGGUUUUUACUGGAAAGGAAACAGAUCGACCCACAGAGGGACGGUAUUGGCUGUUGGUUGACCCUGAUGCCUCGGAGGAGGUAUUGUGCGAUGAGAGUUUGACCAUUGUGGUGGACUGCACAGAUGGUGUCACCAAGUUCGUCACAAUGUCGAAGCAUGGUGGGACCAAUCUGUCUAGCAAGAUUCUCACCUCAAAGGACAUGCUACAGUGGACGUCGGCAAGGUGGAAGGGCUUCGCAGACGCCAUAGCAGCAGGGCAGCCGUAGGCCCAGAAUGAAAUGAUACCCCAAUCGAUGCCGUAUCUGAUGUGAUACAAGCGGGAUUCCGCGUCUGUGAACUAGCUACCUCACUAAAGAACAGACGCGCACUGGCAAUAAUAGUACAGUACAUUCAAACGUGGACUUAGCAGCGCAGUAGACACGGGACGCGACGUUUGUGUGGCACAGAAAUGUGUCAAGCCAUUCGAACCACCCUUUCAAAUCGUGAAAUCUAGGGCAGUAGAUACCGGCAGACAAUACUUCAUCUCCCGCCCAUUUGUAUCAUCCAGAACUGAAUCCGAAUGAUACGCGUCGUGCCAACAAUUGGACAUUUCGCGUUGUGAUG